CGCUCGCGAGUACGCCAGUAUAAAAAUAUGGCGUUUGCAUCUGAAAGCCCCGACGCAUCUACACCAGUUGCCACUGUCGACGACAUAGAUACUAAGAACAGUAAUAGCCCCUCUGCAGACAUACAAGCAGGCACAACCCCAUCUUCAGAGGUUGCCUUGCCCACUAUACCCUCAGAGAUAACUGUCGCAUGGCUUUCCAAAGCCCUCGAUCACGACAUUCAAUCUGUAAAGGUCGACAAAAUCGUACCAGGAACAGCCAGUAAAAUCUUCGUCACAGUGACCUACACCACCACCACCACCACCUCUGCCUCCAAUCUUCCACCCAAAACACUAUGCAUAAAAGGCGGCUUCGACCCCACGAUCCUCAAAACAAUGCCCUGGCUGCUUAAAAUUUACAAAAGAGAGUGCGACUUCUACACAACCAUCGCACCAAUGUUGCAUUCCACCAUGGUGCUGCCGCGUUGUUGGUACGCCGGACACACGUCCACACAAGGAAUUGUGAUUAUGGACGACCUCGCCUGGAAGGGUUACUCCUUCGGAGAUCCGGCGCAGACGUGGAGUGUAUCUCUCGUGAAGCAGGGUCUGACGCAGCUCGCGGCGCUGCAUGCUAAAACGUGGGAGGUCCAGAAUGAUAAGGGGAAAGAGGAGAAAUACGCACAUUUGACGUCAGAAGACUACGACCAGGCUAUUCUAACGCUGAUGCAAUCAUAUGAUGUUGUGGUGAAUGGCGAGGACAGACCAAAUAUACAGCCUUAUCUGAGGGAUCAAGGACGCAUGACGAGGGUACUCGAGAAACAUUUUGCAGGAAGGAAUCCCAGGUUUAGAUGUUUACUGCAUGGGGACGCGCAUACGGCAAAUACCUAUCUUGAAGGUCAUGAGGGUGAGAUUGCGGAGGCCGCCCCUCGUUUUCUGGACUGGCAAAUGAUUCACGUUGGGUCAUGCUUCCAUGAUGUGGCUUACUUCGUGGGUGCGGCAUUCAGUGUUGAUGAUAGAAGAAAGUAUGAGUGGGAUGUGCUUGGGCAUUAUUUGAAGAUGUUGGAGAAUUUCGGGGUGCAGGGUUUCAAGAAGGAGGAUAGAGAGGUUGCGGAUGAGUACAAGAAGGGUUUUUUGGCAGGCGUAGGAUGGAUCAUGUGCCCGUACGUCAUGCAGAAGAGGGAGUUCGUAUUUCCGAUGGCGAGAAGGUAUGCGGCCGCAUUAGAUGAUCAUAAGGUGAUCGAGUUAGUGGAAAGUAUGUCUGAGAAUUAA